AUGGCGGUAUAUAAAUCAGUGAAUAAUCCAAUGCGUGAUAGUAAUAUAUUUGCAAAAAUGUUUGUACCACUCGAAUUGAGAGAUAAAUCGCCUCAAACAUUACUCUGGCAAAAUUCUGCACCAAAUAGUUCUCGAUGGACAUGUCCGAUCGCGUUAAUAGCUGAACAAGAAAGUGAAGACUUACUUAGAUUUGUAAAUGACACUUUUGAACCACAGGAAAGGCGAUCGAGAGAAGAAGGAAUUAAAUUUGUGCACGAUAAUGAAACAUACGAAGUCGAAGUACACAUCGAAGCAAGUAUGAAGGAUUUGAAAGUUCGAAUGAUGGAGAGUGGUCUUGGUGGAGCCGACUGUCUAAUGUGUACAACAAGGCAAAGCGACUGGAAAGACGUGGAAAAACUAAAUGAUGACAAUUAUUUCAAUAUUACAAGGACAUCGGAAAAAACGCUAGAAAUUUAUAACAAAAUGAUUGAAGAAGAAGGUGAAAUUGUCAAAAAGAAAAACGAUUAUGAGACGCGCACAGGAUUAACUUCGGAAUCAUUGUCUGAAUGUGAUCAUUCAUAUAUAACUGUUACUCAUCAAUAUAUCAAUGGUACCACGUGGUUUUUAAAAAUGAUGUAUCACAUGAAAUCAAAUUUAUUACAAUGGACUGCACGUGGUCAAACGAAUCAAGAUAAAAUAUCAAAAGCUAAAACUACGAUCAUAGCCGAUAUUGAAAAGAAGACCGGGUUGCGAUUUGAGCAACAUGAUGCUACCCAGGUGAUUUUUCUGCAACAUAAAUCUGCUAAAAUCUUUGCAGUAACUUUGCAGAUUCUGCAAAGGGUGUCUGCAGAUUUGAAGCAGAUCUGCAUUGCAGAUGUGCCAAGAUUUGACCAAAGAUCUGAUGCAGAUCUGCAAAAAAGUCUUUACAGUUUCUUUGCAGUUCCUCUGCAGGUUUUUUGCAGAGAAACUGCAGAUUUUUACAGUUUUUUUUUGUGUGUAUAUCUGUGUCAA